UUUAAAUCCUUCUUUUUUUAGGUUAAAACAAUCAUUUAAAAAUCCAACGGGGCUUGAGUGGGAGCCACAUCGACCCACUAUGAACCAGGAUUACCACAGUAGAUAAAGAUAGAUGAUGGUGCAGUAAGCGCGAAACUUCUAUGCAGCGAAUACAACUAAACAAUAAAUUAACAUAUUUGGCGACGCAUACAGAUAUGUCAUAUGUGAUGAGUUGAGAUCAGAUGGGCCCUUCGUCCUGACCUUUUCCGUCUCUCUUUCAUGGUUUUCACACUUACAGAAUCUUUUAAUGUUUGCUUUUCAUAUUAUUAAAUUGUAAAUGAAAGUUAAUUCUUAAAAAAUGUGAUGGAGUAUAGAAAACACUGACUAAAAAGCAAUCUAAAGUAAGACAAAAUAUUCGAUCUCUCACAAGAUGCCAAUCCCAUGGUAUACUUUUCAACAUUCUCAUAUCAUAUCUCCUACAGCAUCUUUUUUUUGUGCUAAACUACCUACAGCAUCUCUUAAUUUUAAUUAUAUAUAGUAUCCUUCGUAUCUCGUACGUAAACUCUCAGCAGCUAUAGUUUCCAUCUCUCUCUCUUGUAUCGCGCGACUUUGAAUGGCGCCCAUGAGUUUGCCUCCAGGUUUCAGGUUUCAUCCAACAGACGAAGAGCUAGUGGCAUACUAUCUGGACAGGAAGGUCAACGGCCGAACCAUUGAGCUCGAGAUCAUUCCCGAAGUUGAUCUCUAUAAAUGCGAGCCAUGGGAUUUACCUGAGAAGACAUUUUUGCCGGGAAACGACAUGGAAUGGUACUUCUACAGUACAAGGGAUAAGAAGUAUCCAAAUGGGUCCAGGACAAACCGUGCGACCCGAGCGGGUUACUGGAAAGCUACAGGGAAAGAUCGUGCAGUAGAAUCAAAGAAGAUGAAGCUGGGGAUGAAGAAGACUCUUGUUUAUUAUAGAGGAAGGGCUCCUCAUGGCCUUCGUACUAACUGGGUGAUGCAUGAAUAUCGCCUCACUCACCUUCCUUCUUCAUCCCCAUCUUCCUCUAUCAAGGAGUCAUAUGCAUUGUGCCGUGUGUUUAAGAAACAUAUACAAAUUCCAAAGAGAAAGGACGAAGAGAUGAUGAUGGGUACUAGCGUUGGAAAAGAGAAAAAAGAAGAAGAAGAGGAGGAGAACAUGUGGAGAAAAUGCGAUAAGGUAAUGAUGGAAAGAGAAAGCGACGAAGAUGAGAGCUUAAAAAUUGCAUCUGCGGAGACAUCCUCAUCAGAGCUCACCCAAGGGAUCCUUUUAGACGAAGCAAACAACUCAUCCAAUUUCCCCCUUCAUUUCUCAUCUUCUCUUCUCGACGAUCAUGAUCAGUUUUUUGCAAACUACUCUCACCUUCCCUACUAUCCUCCUCUCCAACUCCAAGAUUUUCCUCAGAUCUCUAUUAACGAAGCACAGAUUAUGUCAACGGAGUACUCCAAGCAACAAGACUUUCAAUGCAGAGACUCAAUGAAUGGGACACUUGACGAGAUCUUCUCUUUCUCUUCUUCCGCCACCUUUCCCCUAUGACAACUAAUACACAUAAUCUUUAUUUUUCAUAUUCAAACUUAUUUUCUCAACGUUCUGAUAUAUCACAUAUAUAGUUUUUCUUUCUUUUUGGCUUCUCAGUUGGUUUAACUCAUGACAAAGCGUUUGUGGCUGUUGCGUUUUUUUCUGCCACACUGAAGAAAAAAAUUGAAACAUUAUAUUGGAUUAUUCUGUUUUUACCUUA